CACACACACUCACACAAAAAAAAAUUAAAAAAAGAAGAAAUAAUUACUUUGGUUAUAAAAUUGGCCCAAAUAUAGAUUUCCAAAUUAAGAGGCCGGCAAGUAAGAAGGCUUGGAAACGACCGUGAUCACGAGCGACAGCCCUCAGCUGCGUACAACAUUUUUGAUGGUCCCAAACGUGUCGGAAUUUGUGUUUCUGGAUCAAUUUGACGAUCCGCAGACCGAUAGCGCCUUCCGCUUGACCUGGCCACAACUGAUACCGCAAAUCCUGCAGUCAAGUCUCGGUGGUUCCGAUUGGGUUCACUUUACCCGGUCGGAGCGCAAAGGAAAUCGAAUUCUUUCCAGUAUUUUGAAACGUGUAUCUGGGACGGCGACUCCGAAGCUCGCAAACGGUUUUAUUUCUUUCUCCGUGCAGCCAGGGUCCGAAUAUUAAAGCGGAUAGAAUGGAAGAGUACGAGAAUUUCCGCACAAGCCGUUUGGCCAGGAUUCAGAAUGAACUGGUGAAAAAUGAGCCUUUACAAUCAAUUCCACAGAAAGGCAUCUCCGUUAUCCGGUUCCACGGUAUUGCUGUUAUGUCUCCUCUGAUGGGUGCUGAAAGGAAGCGGGAGAUGCAGCAAUACAGACAGAAGGCAAUGGAAUUGGAGCUCAGCUGGGAAAAUACUAGAAAAAGUGCCUUACUCAACCGUGUACAAGAAAUUAUUGAAAACGUGCAGGUACGGAAAGUGCCAAGUACUGUGUGUGUCAAAGACCCUGUCGAUCUAGAAAAAACUGAUGCAACAAAUGGACUUACAACAGUGCACCAUACAGACUAUUUUUCAGCUCUUGAAACCCAGUCUAGCAAACAAGAGGGCCCCAUGUUGUCAAAUAAAACUGAGUUGAUGCUAAAUGACACAAUCACUAAUGCAUCUGAACAAAGUGAAUUCCUGAAAUCCACUCAGAGUAUCAAAUCUGACAAUGCUGUUUACACAAAAUCAUUCUCUUCCAAUGGCACCAAUAUUGGUCUUUCUACCAAUGUGAGCGCAAAAAAGGACGAAUUAAAAAUUGACGAUCUUCCUCCUGGAAAGGAACCUCCUGAUCACUAUGCAAUGAGUCUUCAGAAUCUUCUCAGAAAGUCAAGAGAAUAUGUGGAGAGAGAACAACAUCGACGCACUGGGAAAAAUGCUUCCAAGGAAGGUACAAAUGAGAGCCACUCAGACAAAGAAAAUCAAGGUGUUAAAAUCAAUGACUGGGAAAGGGAAAGCAUCAGAGUUUCCAACAGAAGUCGUAGUUCUAGUCCUGUGAUUGUGGAAAAAUCAACCAGUUUGAAGUCAGCUUCACAGAUGCAAGUUCCCUCCAUAACCAAUGAAAGUUUUGAAUUACACAAUAAAAUGACAGUUAAUACCACCACUUCAACUUUGUGUGUUUCACCAAAAAUAGACUUUCCAGUAAGAUCAAUAACAGCCUUCUCUCAAGAAUCAGAUGAAGAAUGGAUAAACAGCUCAGCAUAUGAACAUGAGAGCAGUUUGUUCAAAAGUCUGAUAGGAUCCCAUGCCAAAUUACCCAACCCUGCCCCAAGCCGAAGCCCUAAAAUGCACCAAAGACAUUCUCGGACAUUGGCCAAUAUUGUAAUUAACCAUCCAGUGAAUGCCUAUGAGCUAAGUCCAAAAGAAAAGCUCAGAGGAAUAACUGGGACAGAUCAAGGUAUCAAAGAUUUGAAUGUCCUUGAAAUAAGGAAAGCAUUUCCAAAUGAAAUUUUGCCAUCAGUUAACCAAGAAGCAAUUGAAAGUAGUUGCGCCAAACCGCAAGAUCUUUCAGAAGGUACAGUGAAGGCAUUUGAUGUGCAAUCCGAAGGGAAUCCUCAGUGUAUGUAUGCUGAGCCUUUUGGCAAAUUCGAAGUAAAUAUGAUCAGUAACUUAAAUCCAAUACCAUUGAGAAACCAGAUUUACAGAGAAUCGUUUAAUUUGGAUAGCACUUCUUUACUUGUAGCUAAACAGAAGAUCCAACUACUUGAACCUCAGAUUGAACUUGAUGUCAGCAACCAAAAGUCUAACACUGUGAUUGAGAAGCCUAAGCAACGGUUACCAGUUGACCUUAACAAAUCCUAUGAUGUUGAAAGUCCGUCACCCGUACUGCUGCAAAGCCAAAAUAUAAAGCGACAAAUGGACUUAUCAGUUUUAUCUUCUGGAAGUGAAAAUAAUCUGGAAAACAGCAAGGAAACUAAAGCCAAACGUAAAUUAGAUCUGGAUGUGUCAAAGGUCAAAGAAAACAAACCAUUUGUUGCUAUGACUAUGGGCUCAAAUAGUCAAGAGAAGAACUUGUGGAUACAAGAGGAGAAACGUCAGAGAGAUCAUCUUGGCAGCAACAAACCUGAAAGAUCUUUAAAAAGCCAAAUUAAUGGCGCAGAUGAAGGACUGAUCUCAAAACAGAUGAAGGCUUUUGAAGAAAUGCGGAAGCGAUUGGAGCAGCAACACACGUUGCAGUUAUCCUUAUUAAUUGCUGAACAAGAGAAGGAACAAGAAAAAUUACGGCAGGAAAUAGAAGAAAAGGAAAGACUAUUCAGAGAAUCGAAGGACUUUGUGGCAGACUCGCAGGGAAACUAUUUCAAUAAAGAAAGCUCCUUCGAUUGGAAGAGAAUAAGUGAAAACUGUUCCAUGGAAUCCAGAACCAAUCGAGUAGACGGGGUUAUCAAUAAUUCAGCUAUGCAGAGUUCCAGUUUGACCAUGCCAGGCGCUGAAUCUGUUUUCUAUCGAAGAGGAACUAUGACUGCUGAAAUAUCUGAGAUACAGGCUCCCAGUUUUCUCAUCAGAUCGAAACCUGGAUGGUCACAGAUAAAUACACCAAGGUUCCAGCAGAUGUUUGACAAAGUCACAGCUCUUGCAAAAGGAUUCCUCACUCGCAAACUGCUGGAAACUGAAAAACUGAAGCAGCUUCGACAGACUGUAAAAGAUACCCUAGAAUUUAUGAAUAACUUCCAAACAGAAGGACCUUUGAAAAGAAGUACUGUUUCAUCUCAAGAUGUUUCACUGCAGGAAAGAGUUUUUGCUCAGUUACGAGCUGCCCUCUAUGAGAUUCAUGACAUCUUCAUUGUGUUGAAUCCCACUGAGAGAAUGCAGAUCCUGCAACAUGAUCGUGAAAUUCGCAAAGAGAAACAGUUGAGGCAGAUGGAGAAGCGGAAAAGUCCUAAAGAAAGAGUAUCCCUUUCUGCUGCUACACAGAAAUCUUUAGACCGGAAAAGGCAGCUUAAGGCUGCUGAGAUGGGAAUAAUCAAUAAACGGAAGUUACAGGCAAGACAAAAGGUUUCUUCUCAAAUCCGAAUUCUUCAGCCAAGUCAGGGGCAGAAUGCCCCAACUCAAAGACCACUCCAUAGACAGGGGAGUAUGUCCAGGAAGAGUACUGAACACAAAAUAAAACGAUAUGACAGUCUGAGGAAGCAGCACUCCAUAGGAUGAAUGGUGCAGCAUGGUUGCCUGAUGCCAGUAAACAAAGCAGCGUUUCAUUAACAACUCCACAAAAUAUAUUGCAUCAUUAACAUGUUAUUCUAAUAAGCAAUCCCAUUUAAACUGUUGAAGUGUCAAACUUUUUCAAGUUCUUGUAUAAGUAUCAAUUACUCCACCUGUACACUUUCCAAAUUACCUGCGGGCAUGCUUUUCAUCAAUGUUGGAUCUGUGCCAGCUUCAUAGAGCAACGAUUGCCCAGCCUUGCUCUAGUUUUAUGAGAGUGGAGAACAGUUAUUGGAAACUGUAGAAAUCAAGAUCUUAGCACUAUCUUAACCAUAUGUAGUGUCUUGAUUAUUGGCUGCAAACUUAAAAAUUCCAAAGUUGGUUGAUUUUGCUCUGAUAAAUGUAGAAUGAUUGAUCAGUUCGUGUUCCAGGCUUAAUGUGUAAUAUACAGAUAUUACAAGUAGGAAUAUAGUCUUUUUUGGAAAAAAAUGGAAUGUAUUAAAAGUGUUUACUGCAAAUCUGUUCAUGUUUGUCCAAAAAUGAAUAUAUUUAUUUUACCUUAACCUAUUACAGUAUGCACUUUUCAAUGCAUAUCUGUUUUGUUGUUAAAUAUCUACCGUACAUUUUCAACUCCCUAAAGUUCAAAAGGGCUUCAAUUGGAAAUGUGCAAGUUUCCCAGUAAGUGUAAAUGCAAUUUGGGUUUUAUUUACAUUUUAUAAAAUGUCAUUACUUUUUUUUAACCACUUAAGUUAUUUUUUUUACAACAUUUUGUUGAUAUAUCCCUCAUGUUGUGCAUGAAUCAGAAUAAACCUUUAUUUAAA